AUGCACCCGCUCACAGCCACGGCAUCAUCAUCGCUAUCCCUGAGCCCCGGGAACUACAUCUACGCCAUCACGUCCACGUCCUCGGGGUCGCUGGCGGCUAUCUCAUCGGAUGACUCGCUGCGAGUCUUUGACGCCGCGAGUCUUGACCGCGUCACGGUUCUUGCAGCCCAGACGCAUGGGGCGGGGGGUGUGACGGCGCUGCGGACGUAUGGCGCUGGGAAGGAUCAGCAGCUGCUGGUGACUGGGGGGCGGGAUGGGAAGGUUAAGGUGUGGGAUGCGAGAAAAGGGAGGGGUGCAGCUGUUGUGGAGAUGGAGACGGUUAGGAACGCCCCCGUGCUGUCAGUGGCUUGCUGUUCCGGGACAAACACCGUUGUUGCGGGCACGGAGCUUGUUUCUUCGCAGGCUGUGGUUGCGUUCUGGGAUAUCAGAUCGCCGGGCACCCAUCGGCUCCAGUACAUCGAGAGCCACAAUGAUGACGUGACCGAUCUCCAAUACCAUCCCACCCGGGACAAUAUCCUGCUCUCCGGAAGCACGGACGGUCUCGUCAAUAUCUACGACACCACCAUCACGGACGAGGACGAUGCGCUGGUGCAGGUCAUCAACCACGGGUCCGUCCACCACGCGGGAUUCUUGAGCGAGCGCACCAUUUUCGCCCUCAGCCAUGACGAGGACUUCUCCGUCCACCCGGCCACGGAUCCCGACCAGCAGACGGCGGAGCCCAAGCCGAUCCAUUUUGGGGACCUCAGAGAACCCCUCGGCUGCGAGUACAUCGCCCAGGUGUGCGUCAGCAGCCAGGGGGCGUACAUUGCCGCCGGCAAUAAACUGUAUAUCUCCACCCCUCCCCGGCAACCCAUCGCAUUGGCGGCUAACCCUUCUUCUAUUUCCAGUGGAAACCGACUCGAUCUUGUUCCCCUUAUCCCCGACCCGUGGAGACUCGACCAGGCCAAUCUCUGGCGCCUCCCGGGUGCCCACGGUGAGGAGGUUGUUCGCUCUAUCUACCUCGAUGAGCAGGGCCGGACAGUAUUCACUGGCGGCGAGGAUGGAUUCGUGCGUGCGUGGAAACCAGAGGAUGGUGGAGACGGCCUGUCAGACUCGACUUCGGUCAAGGCGUCGCGGCCGAAGGAGAAGAAGCGGGAGAAGGAGCGGUUCAAGCCUUACUAG